AUGUGCUCCCCUGCCAGUCCCAAAAUCCUUUAUAGGAAUCCUCGGUUCCUCCGGUUAGCUUUUCUGCAGCUUCAUCAUCAGCAACAGAGUGGUGUGUUCUGUGAUGUCCUUCUGCAGGCAGAAGGUGAAGCUGUCCCGGCCCACUGCUGCAUCCUGUCUGCCUGUAGCCCCUUCUUCACAGAGCGCCUGGAGCGGGAGAGGCCAGCACAGGGUCGGAAAGUGGUGCUGGAGCUGGGGGGCCUGAAGAUCAGGACUCUUAGGAAACUGGUAGACUUUCUAUAUACCUCAGAGAUGGAAGUUUCUCGAGAAGAAGCUCAGGAUGUGCUUUCUGCUGCCCGUCAGCUCCGUGUAUCUGAACUAGAAUCCCUUCAGCUAGAAGGUGGGAAGUUAGUGAAGGCUCCUCAAGGUCGAAGACUAAACCGGGAGUGCUUACAACCUCCCAGUCCCGCACCCAUAUCUGCCAGGGUGGUAGCAUCCAGCCGCCACCCGCGAACGCCACUGCCCAUUACCCAGACUCCCUGUCCUCUUGGGACGGUAAGAUUGAAGUCCUCAGGGAAAGAGGAGAAUCCUCAGGAGAAGAGCAACCGACAGAAUCCGGAGAAUGUGUCUGGCACCCUUCUGCUCAAGAGGAAGGCCAGAGCCAGCCCAGCUCAAGAAAAGAGCUCUUCACCAUCGAGCCACAGCCAGGGCCCUAGCGAGAACAAGAGUGACCCUGCCCUUGGUCCUACCACGUUUUCCCCACCCACCUUGUACCCCUCUGUGGAUGAGCGACUCCUGCCCAGAAAGAUCAGGCUAAGUCGCUCAAAGCCAUCUCCUGACAUCUGUUCAUCCAAACCUUCCAGUGUCUUAAGUGGACCCAGUUCAGUAUCCACAGCCCCUGGCCGACGUCUUUGGCGGCAGAAGAGUGUAAAUCGAGAAACACCAGAGGACAAACAGAAGCUAGGGCGAGAGAGUUCUCUCCAGAGCGCUCCAAAUUCACCUUCUGGCCUUGGAAAGAUAGGUGGGAGCAAGAAGCAGAGCCCUGAAGUCAGAGCACCUAAUUCAGACUCUGCAGAGGAGGGGCAGGUCGGGAGAGUGAAACUUAGGAAGAUUGUCAACGGGACCUGCUGGGAGGUGGUGCAAGAGCCUCCCCUCAAACACUCCCAAGAGAGCCCUCAGAUCCCAGGGCCUGAAAACCAGGAGCAGCCUCCAGGGACUCGGCCAUGUGCAGUUCACCAGCAGGAAAUGUCAUCGGCUGGACUAGACCCCUGUCAAGACUCACCGGUGUGCUCCAGGCUCCAAGACAUUAUGCUUUCAGCUAGCCACUCCCCAGGCCACCCUGCAGUGAAGUGUGAAUUUGGGUCUAGUCCAGAGCCGGUGGGGAAGGAACCCAGGCUGGAUAUUGACUGCAGGGAGCCCUUUACUUUUGACACUGCCCUGCUCGGGCAGCCCUGUGAAGCCGAGGAGUACAGAAUCACCAGCGCUGCUGCCACCAGCGAGCUGGAGGAGAUUCUGGACUUCAUGCUUUGUGGCUCGGACACUGAGCCACAGCUAGGGUCUCUGGAGAGUCCCAGGGCUGAGGGCUGCAGGACCCCUAAUUAUCACCUGACAGAAACUGGGAAGAACUGGAUUGAAGGGGAAGAAUGGUGUUUACCAGACAUGGAACUCUGGCCUAGAGAACUCACAGGAUUGGAAAAGGAACCUGCUGAUAACAGAGAGCCAAUUGAGUCCCUUAGCCCCCUUGUCCUGCCCUCAGGGAUGAGUGAAGGCGAGGGGCUUUCAGUGGGAGCCCCUUGGACUUCAGACCUGGAAGUGACCAGUUCCCGGCCAGUGGAUAGUCAAAGGAACCAGCUUCUCCACAUGGACUCCCUUGACCCACCCCCAAAGCCCUAUGGGGAGCUCUCACCUCCCUCUUCAAACUGGGGGGACAAUGGGCUAGAAGUGCCCCUAGGUAUGGAUGAGGUAUUAUACCCUGCUCCAGAGGUAGGCAAGGAGGUAUUUGACAACUCUGACUUGAGUCCACUUCCUGCCAGCCCCGAGGAGGAAGAGAUUGACGUGGUGGACUGGACAUCAGAGGGGAAUCUGGUGCCCACCAAUAUUCCCUCUGUAUGGCCCGACCCUUCCUCCGAGUCAGAAACAGAGAUAGAUAUACUAACAUAG